GGAAUAAUUCAAAGAAUAAAAAAUCGAUGAAUAGGACAAGUAUUGCAAUUAUUUAGAAACGGAAAAAUACAACAUAAUUAUACGGAAUAAUCAGAAAGCAUCUUCCCUCUCUCUCUUUCUCUCUCCCACUCUCUCAGUCUACCAUUGAAGCGCGCACUCCACGUUCUCCAUUGAAGCGACUCCUGGCAUUUCUUUCCUCCAUUGAAGCAUUUUUCGAGAACCUUUUAAUGUUAGGAUGGAAGUCAUGGAACUAUAAACUUGGACCUUGUCGCCAUUGGCUCAGGGUCGGGCCUGACUGAACCCAUGCAAGAGCUUCAAUGAGUUCUGUCUAUCUAAUUCCUUAAAUGACGCUAGGGAGAAAUGGACGCCUACUGUGAACCAACGUCAUUUUUCUGGGUUGAAGAAAGUAAGGGGCAAGCUUCUACUCCAAGACCAAGAAAGAAGGUAAAAAGGAAGAAGGAAUACGUGGGUUGGGGUUCAAGGGAGUUGAUUGCAUUUCUUGAAUCAAUGGGCAAGGAUUGCGCCAAAGCGCUUUCCCAAUAUGAUGUCACCAAUAUAAUUAAUCUUUAUAUUAAUGAUAAAAAGCUUGUUCACCCAGAAAAUAAAAGGAGAGUUGUGUGUGAUGAAAAGCUGUUUCCUCUCUUUGAAAAGAAGACCAUCUUCCGGAAUAAGAUACAUGAUUUAUUGGAGUCACACUUCGCCGAGAAUCAAGAAGAUUCAGAUGACGAUAAUCUUGGCAGCUCUGAUGAAAUUGAUGAAAAUGGUUAUUCUGUCCCUAAAAAGCUGAAAAUUUUGACAACUCAGUCUAAGAAAAAGGCUCCAGAAGUCUCGAAAAGCUGCUUAGCAGCUAUCAAUUCUGAUAAUAUCAAGCUCUUGUAUCUGAGAAAGAGUUUGGUUCAAGAGCUGCUCAACAACCCAGAAACAUUUGAAACUAAAGUAGUUGGGAGUUUUGUUCGGGUAAAAUCUGACCCACAUGAUAUUUUCCAAAAAAACUCUCAUCAGCUUCAACUUGUCACAGGUGUCAAGGAAGAUACUCCAGCUGGUGAAACAAAGCCCUCUAUGCUUCUGCAAAUUUUAGGCAUGACAGAUGUCAUAAGCAUAUCUGAACUUUCAGAUGACAUUUUUUCAGAGGAAGAAAUUGAGGAAUUGCGUAGUAGAGUUAAAGACGGUUUACUGAAGCAGCCUACCAUUGGUGAACUUGAACAAAAAGUAGUUGUUCUGCACGAGGACAUAACUAAACAUUGGCUUGCAAAAGAACUUGUACUUCUCAAGAAUCUUAUAGAUCGUGCAAAUGAGAAGGGAUGGCGUCACAGAGUGAGAGAGUACUUGGACAGAAGGAAGCUGCUUCAGUCACCUGAUGAACAAUCACGCCUGCUCAAUGAGAUUCCAAAGGUGAUGGCAGAAGAAGUUAAACCAGAAUUAGUUUCUGAACCUGCUCCUGAUGAUUCGCCAAAAGCUGCUGACUGGGACUGGGAACCUUUUAAUUUCUCAUCAACUAAAAAAGAUGUGACAAAGCCAGAAGUCUUAAUUAAUCAGAAUGGUCCAGCAGCGGCUGUGGCAGCUGAAGUCAGCACAAGAAGCAAUGGUGAUGCACAUACUUAUAGCCCUGAAGAAAGAUGCCAGCUUGGAACUGGCUCUUUGGCAUCAGUAAUAAACUUAUCUGCUCAAUCCUUAGAACCGAAGGAAAGAGAAGCUCCUAAAGUAGAAGCAGUUAAUGUCAAAGGCAAUGGCAAUGGCAAUGGUUACAUAGAGUUCUCAAACUUAAAUCACCUAGGCAUCCCCAAUGGGACAAAGCAAGAAAGCAAUGGUCAUAUACAGCUCCCGAACUCAAAAGAAUUGAAAACGAUUCAACCAGUGGUAAUUGAUUUGAGUGAUAGUGACGAAGAGCAAGAAAAUCCUAGUGUUGGGACCCAAAUUCCAAGACAACGAGAAAAUCCUGGUGUUGGUGCCCGAAUUCCAAGACCACAAGAAAAUCCUGGUGGUGGUACCCAAAUUCCAAGACAACGAGAAAAUCCUGGUGUUGGUGCCCGAAUUCCAAGACCACAAGAAAAUCCUGGUGGUGGUACCCGAAUUCCAAGACCACAAGAAAAUCCUGGUGUUGGUGCCCGAAUUCCUAGACCACAAGAAAAUCCUGGUGUUGGUGCCCGAAUUCUAAGGCCACAAGAAAAUCCUGGUAUCGGUACCCAAAUUCCAAGACCUCAAGAAAACCCUGGUGUUGGGACCGAAAUUCCAAAACCUCAUGCGGAGCAGUCAUUGUGGCAUUACUUGGAUCCUCUAGGAAGAGUCCAGGGACCAUUCUCCUUAAUAUCCUUAAAGCGGUGGAGUGAUGCAAACUAUUUCCGACCUGAUUUUAAAGUUUGGGCAAAUGGACAGGGCCCUCAGCAAGCAGUUCCAUUGACCCUUGUUCUUCGGCAUAUUUUCCCAAAUUGAUUAAGGAUUGUGUACAUACAAUGCUGUCCAGAGCAAUUUUUUCCAACUGUAACUUUAUGUAAAGAUUGCACAAGUUUUUAGGUCUAGGCCUUUCUGUAUGAACGAACCUCAGUUAUAGUUUUUUGAGAUGAACAAUUUUUGGGCUGAUGUGUCUUAUUCAGUUCAUGUUACAUCUCAUAGUACCAGACUAUCAACUCUUGAUAUGAAAUAAAUGGUUGGUUCUUUUUUCUCUCACA